GCGAGCGGAGCGCGGCGCUCCCGGCCCCGGAGCCGGCCCGGGCCAUGCAGGAUGCUCCCGGCCGCCGCCCCGCGCCCGCCGCCGCUGCUGUGGCCGCCGCCCGCCGAGCCCCCCGCUCCGCCCUGGGCCUGGGUGCUGCCCGCGGCCGCGGGGCUGCUCCGGGUGGGCGCUGCCGCCGCCGGGGCCCCCCAUCCUCCCCCUCCUCCUCCGCCGCCGCCGCUGCUGCCGCCCCCCGCGCUGGUGCGGCCCGGGCCGGGCUGGCGCGGCCCCGCCGAGCCCCCGCUGCUGCCGCUGCUGCCCGCGGCCGCCGAGCCGCUCCUGCACGGCCAGUGGAUAUUUGGAGCUCAUUCCCCGCUGGUGGGAUUCUCCCCCUCCUCCAGCGUGGAGCUGGUGCCGGUGCUCCCGCCCGUGUACGCCGCCGCGGCGCCGCCGCACGCCGGGAAGGGCUGGAUUGACAAAAGGCUGCCCAGCUGCAAAAUCUACCUGAACAAUGCCUUUGCCCUGGACUCGGCCUGGGUGCAGCCUGAGGAGCCCCGGCUGUUCCAGGGGGCUGAGAAGCCUCUGCUGCUGAGCAAUCAAGUAGCCAUGGCUGUGGCCCGGCCAGCUGCUGCCUCCAGGCCCCUGCCCACGCUCGUCUUGGCCCCUCAGCUGAUCCCAGGUGGUUGCCAGAACAGCCUUAAAGCCGUGGGCGGCGCCCCGAGCCUGGCGCUGCUGGCCCUGGAGCCCGAGGCCCCGCAGGCCGCGCCGGGCCUGCCGCCCUGCCAGCUCCUCGCCUUGUCCCCCGUCAAAGUCCCGCUCCUGGCCUCGCCCUUUCCAGGUUCUGCCUCCAGGCUGGACACUGCCGCCGUGGGGCCCCUGGUGCCAGCACAGGUCACCCGUGUCACCGCCGUGGCCGCGCCCGCCGUCACCCUCAUGGCCACCAACCUGCUGGAGCAGGCACGAGCAGAGCGUGGCAAGGACCCGAGCAGAGCCGCCUGCCCCCCGACGCUGAUCCUGCACACGGAGAGGAAGAGCGUCCCCACGGGCAGUGACAGUGACAAGGAUCACUCCUUCAAGCUCCUGAGCGAGGCUGACGGCGCUUCCAGCGGGAACAAGCCCGUGGCAUCGGCCCCAGUGCCGGGAUCGCCGUGGUGCGUGGUCUGGACCGGAGAUGACCGGGUGUUCUUCUUCAACCCCAGCAUGCAGCUGUCCGUGUGGGAGCGGCCGCUGGACCUGAGGCACCGCGGGGACAUCAAGCGUCUGCUCGAGGACCCCCCGCACAAGCGCAAGCUGGAGGCUGCAGCAACAGACAAGUGUGUUAGCUCUUGUCCAGGGGAUGAAAAUGAUGAUCUGAGCAUCAAAACCAAGAGAAAUAAAACAGAGGAGUGCCAGGCUGCGGGCCCGGCUGGCGCUGAGGAGGAGCAGGCAGGGGAGGAAGGCUCGGCCCCGCGGCUCUCACCGCCCCUGGAGGAGAGGAUCACCCACUUCAGGGACAUGCUGCUGGAGAGGGGGGUGUCGGCGUUCUCCACGUGGGAGAAGGAGCUGCACAAGAUCGUGUUUGACCCACGCUACCUGCUGCUCAACCCCGAGGAGAGGAAGCAGAUUUUCGAGCAGUUUGUCAAGACCCGGGUCAGGGAGGAGUACAAAGAGAAGAAGAACAAGCUGCUGUUGGCCAAGGAAGAAUUCAAGAAGCUUCUGGAAGAAUCCAAGUUAUCCCCAAGGACAACCUUCAAGGAGUUCGCCGAGAAGCACGGCCGGGACCAGCGCUUCCGCCUCGUCCAGAAGAAGAAGGACCAGGAGCAUUUCUUCAACCAGUUCAUCCUCAUCCUCAAAAAGCGGGACAAGGAAAACAGGAUACGGCUACGGAAAAUGAGAUAAGAGCAGCUGAAGCUGGCAAUAACGCCGCGUGCCCGGGCUGGGCUGCAGGAAGGGAUUCCAAGAAGGAGGAAACGCCCGGGGUCCCGGAGCACCGCCAGGAGUGGGAGAUCCCAGGGAAAACUGCCUCGGGACGGAGCUUGGGGAGCAGCCGCUGCCGCGGGAAGGCUGUUCUGCAGGAAUGGGAAGGAUAUUCUGUUCUCGAAGAAUUAAUGUUUCAUAUUGAAGCUCUCUUUUGUACAACAUCCAGAGUUUGAUGCAUUUCUAAUUGCCAUGAUAUGUCGAUCCCUUAAUUGUUUUAAUUAUGCAAAUUACUUGUAAUAUACACAAGUUAUGACUCCGAUGCAGAUUUAUAAUUAAGCAGAAGCAGAUGCCAUCCAGAGCAAUCUCAAGGCAUUUCCAUCAUUUAGGGGAAUUAUCUCAAGCAAUCUUUUGGCUACUCUGCAUUUCCACCAAGCGUGUGGGGUCUGGUGGUCUGCAGGACCCGCUCCCGCUGCUCAUCGUCUCUGUCCAGUCCUCUGAGUAGUAGUAAUCAGCUAUUAAUUGUUAACCUUGGUGAAGAGUGUGGAAAUCUUGGCACAUGUUCCAUGGGAGAACUCCCCGACCCAGGACUUGCCGUGGGCAGGGUUCCCCUCAGCCUUCCAACCCCAGUUCUGUGGUGAAGCCAUCCCAGUUGGAUUUGGGUUCUGUUCCUGUGUGUGAAGAGUCUGCAUGAGAUUUUUCUCAUCAUAUUUGUAUAAAUAAAUAUUUAACUUUUGUAAUUAAGAA